AUGGGGAGUCCUCACAGCGCUGCAGCUUUGCAGCAUGCUGUAUCCUUCAUCUGUCGAGAAGCUCAAGCUACUUUCUUUGCUAAGUUCGGAAGUAAGGCCUUCGUUGUUUAUUCUGGUUACAUGGAUGACUUGAUCGUUACUUGUUCAUGUCCGAAGUUGCUGUUAGAGGCUGUUACAAUUCUUCUCUCUGUGUGCCGUAAAUACGGCUUCCGUUGUCAGCCUAAGAAGUGUCGUAUUGGAGUCCCCACCGAGCAUCCUUGUAAGGUACUCGGCUUGAGAUGGAACCCUAGCGACACACUUUCCGAUUGUGAAGGCCCUAACUUCCCACCUUGUGUCUUGGCCCUAUCCGAGGACAAGGUCCUUCUCACACGCAGAGACGUUAUGAGCUUAAUUGCUCAGUGUUACGAUCCGCUGGGAUUCCAAAGUAAUUUGCUACUCCGUAUGCGUCUUAUCUUGAGGCGUGAACUGGAGAAAGAUCCGGUGUCUGAUUUAGACGAGUUCAUUGGUGUUGAAGCCUUCAAGACACUACAGGCUACUAUGAUGGACUUCGACAAUUCUCUACCUAUCCCUCGAGUACUAAAGCUGGCUGCGGAUUCCACAUUCUACUUAUUUUGUGAUGCCUCGGGGUUUGGCAUCGGUACCAUUAUAUGCAGUUAA